AGGUGCAGGAUGACUCUUUUUGAUGGCGUCUACCCCUUCUACCCGCAGCAGAGGAAGGCUGCUGUGUUUGACAUCAGCACCAUCAUCGUCAUCGUGGUCUUCCUGACACUGGCUUGCAGCUUCCUGCUCAUCAUCCCGGGCAUCCGCGGGCGGGCGAGGUUGUACUGGACUCUCCGUGUUCUCCUCAGCCUCUUCGUGGGAAUGGUGAUUGUCGUUGUCCAGUUCACAAGGGACUGGGAGACUGGCUGGGUGCAGGCAAACACCUCCUACAAGUCCUUCAGCCAUGUCCAGGUGAACGCGGACAUCGGGCUGCACAUCGGCCUGGCAGGGGUGAAUGUCACACUCAGGGGAAACCCAGUGGAGCAGAUCAACGAGACCAUCAACUACAACGAGCACUUUCCCUGGAACUUUGGAGUGGAUUAUGACCGCAGCUACAGCGAGGGGCUGCAGAAGGGGCUGCCCAGCCCCAUCCUCUACGUGGCAGAGAAGUUCAGCACGCAGAGCCCCUGCGCCGUGCACAGACAGUACCGCAUCGCCAGCCACUACGCCUCAGCCAUGCUCUGGGUAGCCUUUUGCACGUGGGUCAUCUCCAACAUUCUCUUCUCCAUGCCUGUCCUCAUUUAUGGAGGGUACAUGCUCCUGGUCACAGGGGCCUUCAUGAUCUUCUCGCUGCUCUCCUUUUCCACCGUGAGGAACACUCCAAUGUGCCUGAUCCAGAUUGGGACCAGGACCCUGCACGUAGCCUAUGGGGGAUCUUUCUGGCUCAUGCUAGCAAUUGGCCUACUCUGUUUUGUGGUUGGGAUCACCAUCGUGGCCAUGCACUACCUCAGUUUGGACCUGCUGAAAACGUUCUUUGAUCUCCGUGAGGACAAAGCAGAGGAGUACCAGGAGAUGCCUGAGGUGUUCAUCAACCCUCACUUUGUGAGCAAGGGCCUGUCUCCUUCUCAGCCCUCUGAAAUCAACAGCGUCUAAAAGAAAGUCCUCACUCUUUCCCUGAAGAUGGACCCAAAAGGGCAGAACAAAUUCUUCUUGAUGUCCCCAGAGAUGCAUUUCCUCAUGCAACUGCCUUUGAAGCCCACAUUGGGAUGGGUCCUUGCUGGGAAGUAACUUCCCAGACUGUGUCUCCCUGUGUCUCCCUCUGGAAGGGGCAGGCUGUGCUGGCAGGCUGCCAUCAGAGCAGCUCACAGCUGCUGAGACGUGGGCUGCACACUCACCUGGGGACCCCUGGCCCAGGAGGAAUGCCCUUCCUGCUCCAUGCCCUUCCUGCUCCAUGCCCUGUCCCACGCUGCAGUGCAGGGGUUUUCCAAUGAUCUGUUCCCUCUGAAACUGAGAAACAGGUCAUGGGUCACAUUUCUGCCUGGGAGCACCUGCCACUCCAAAAGCCUGGGAUUAAACCUGCUCAUUUUUUCCCCAAAUAUGACAUUUUGUGGUUUAGGUGUAUCCAGGAAAGCCAGGUAUGGAUCCAAUUUCUACAGGCUGGAUGCUGCAGGAGCUGGAACAAAAAAACUGCUGCAGAAACAAAGGCUGAGUAAAUGUACCAUGGAGUUUGCUGUGAGGGAUGUGCUGAUGGGAUUCUUUUCACCUCCAAAUUUGGCCUUUAUUAGACGAAACUUGUAGCCUAGUGUGGGCCAAAAAGAUGCCAUAGGAAAGGAAGGAGAGUGAAGUUAUCCCUUCACUCCACUUCCAGCUGGACACUUCUGUGUCCAGCUGGAGAACACUUAGACUGUCUGGGCAGCAGGGUAGGGAGGGGAAUCUGUCUCUCUGCCUCACUCAGGUGAGACCCCCACCUGCAGAGCUGCCUCCAGAGAGGACGUGGAGCUGUUGGAGAGAGUCCAGAGGAGGCCACGGAGAUGCUCUGAGGAUGGAGCCCCUCUGCUCUGGAGCCAGGCUGGGAGAGCUGGGGGUGCUCACCUGGAGACAAGAGAAGGCUCCAGGGAGACCUCAGAGCCCCUGCCAGAGAAUAAAGGGGCUCAAAGAGAUCUGGAGAGGGACUGGGGACAGGGGCCCGUAGGGACAGGAUGAGAAGAAAUAAUUUCCCACUGCCAGAGGGCAGGGUUAGAUGGGAUAUUGGGAAGGAAUUUCUGGCUGGGAGGGUGGUGAGGCCUUGGCACAGGUUGCCCAGAGCAGCUGUGGCUGCCCAUCCCUGGCAGUGUCCAAGGCCAGGUUGGUCAGGGCUUGGAGCAACCUGGGAUAGUGAAAGGUGUCCCUGCUCAUGUCAGGGGGUGGAACAAGAUGAGUCUUAAGGUCCCUUCCAACCCAAACCAUUCUGGGAUUAUAUAUCUGAAUGCUGGAAACCUGGGCACCUUCAUUCCAAUUAAUUGUAAAGUACAUAAUUUCAGUAUUUGGACUUUUCUUUCUGAGAUCCUUGCUGGUAAGUUACUUAUUUCUGUCAGAUGAUAUUUGUACGUCACUAAUGUGGUUUGUUCUGCACAGGAAUUAUUUUCAAUAAAACUUUAC